GCUUCCGCCCAACGCACGGCAACCUGGGGGUAGGGAGUACGUAGAACGUUGGCGUUUACAACAUUCUGUUAUUCCUGGCGAACAUGGCGGCACCUGCGCUCUCCAGCCGGGCUGGGUCCGUGAGUAGCCUGGGGAACAGCCCCACUGCGACUCCCGGUUCUACAAACAUGAAUAAAAUUAUCCCUGGAUACCCAGAGCUCGACUUCAGAUCGGGGGCGAGAACUGAAGAACUGAAUCGGUUGAUCCAUGAAUUUAGUAAACAUGACCAGAGGGAAUAUGACGACCAGAGAGCACUGGAGAUCCACACGGCCAAGGACUUCAUUUUCUCCAUGCUCGGUAUGGUGCAGAAACUCGACCAGAAGCUACCCGUCGCUAACGAGUACCUGCUGUUGUCGGGCGGCGUGCGGGAGGGCGUGGUGGACAUGGACCUGGACGAGCUGAGCGUGUACGCGCGCGGCACCGACUACGACAUGGACUUCACGCUGCUGGUGCCGGCGCUGAAGCUGCACGACCGCAACCAGCCGGUCACGCUGGACAUGCGCCACUCGGCGCUGUGCCACUCGUGGCUGAGCCUGCGGCUGUUCGACGAGGGCACCAUCAACAAGUGGAAGGACUGCUGCACGGUGGUGGACCACCUGAGCGGCGCCACCAACUACUUCUUCUCGCCCACGCUGGUGGCCGACUGGUUCCAUGAGUCGGUCAGCGUGGUGCUGGCCGAGAUCCAGAAGAAGCCGCAGCGCGGCAUGCCGCGCGUGGAGAAGGUGGAGAAGAACGGCACGGUCAUCUCCGUCAUCCUGGGCGUGGGCAGCAGCCGCAUGCUCUACGACAUCGUGCCCGUCGUCUCGUUCAAGGGCUGGCCGGCCGUGGCCCAGAGCUGGCUGAUGGAGAACCACUUCUGGGACGGCAAGAUCACCGAGGAGGAGGUGAUCAGCGGCUUCUACCUGGUGCCCUCCUGCUCGGCCAAGGGCUGCCGGGAGAACGAGUGGCGCCUGUCGUUCGCCCGCAGCGAGGUCCAGCUGAAGAAGUGCAUCUCCGGCAGCCUCAUGCAGGCCUAUCAAGCCUGCAAGGCCCUCAUCAUCAAGCUGCUGUCGCGCCCCAAGGCCGUCAGCCCGUACCACCUCCGCAGCCUCAUGCUGUGGUCCUGCGACCGGCUGCCCUCGGCCUACCUGGGCCAGGAGGACUUUGCCGCCCACUUCCUGCUGGGCCUCAUCGACGACCUGCAGCACUGCCUGGUCAACAAGAUGUGCCCCAACUACUUCAUCCCGCAGUGCAACAUGCUGGAGCACCUGUCGGACGACACGGCCAUGCUGCACGCGCGCAAGCUCUCGUCGGUGCGCUCGGACCCGGUCGAGCACCUGCGCACGGCCAUCGAGCACGCCAAGGCGGCCAACCGGCUGACGCUGGAGCUGCAGUGGCGCGGCGGCACGUCGGGGCUGCCGUCGCCGCAGUCGGACGCCAGCGGCGAGCAGCAGCCGGACGACCGGCUGGCCAAGAAGCUGCAGCAGCUGGUGACGGAGAACCCCGGCAAGUCCAUCUCGGUCUUCAUCAACCCGGACGACGUCACUCGGCCCCACUUCCGCAUCGACGACAAAUUCUUCUGAGGGGAAAUUUGGGGGAUCGCAUGCUUGCUCUCGCCCUCUCUCCCUCUCUCUUGCGCUCUCGCUCUUUCUCUCUCUCUCUCUCUUUCUUUCUUUCUUUCUUUCUUCCUCCCUUUCUCUCUCUUUCGGAUGCACGCUCACACACUCACACGAAAAGCAAAAGUUUUGUAUCUUCCUUCCUGUAACAGAGUUGAUUAGAUGAAGAGGCCUGUACUAGAAGGGAAAAUGUGUUAAAUUUGCCCCCCCCCCUCCAUGCUGUUCUGGGACUGAGAAUACAUUUGAGAUCCCUGACCUCUGAGAGAGAGCGAGAGGGAGAUAGAGCGAAAGAGCGAGAGAGAGAGAGACAGAGGUAAGGGAAGAUUGUCCUGAUUUUUCAAGAGGUAGCAGUUUUUUUUUAUUAUUUGGUGCUUUGACUAUGUGGGAUAAAUGUAAAUGAAAGAGGACUCUUGUGGAUUGUGGUUUUAUGUUUUUUUGCACAGUUGAGGUCUAAGCGAAGGUCUAAGAGCAGGUCUUGGCCUAGGCGCCAUUUUUAUUUUAUUUUUGUGCUCCAUUUAAUUAUUCAGCAAUCACCGACAAUUAGAGAUCAUGUGUCACGAGUUUAGAGCUGUUAAAGAAAUGUAAGCUUCAUCGUAUAUUCACAUUAAGGCUAGCUAAAGCUCAUCUGUAUAGUCAUUUGUCAUAGAUUUCAUGUGUGAAGUUAUCAGCUCUGCAAUUUCAAAUGGAAUAUGCCAAAACUCUGCGAGAUGGACGCUCAAAGACUCAUAUCUGCAUACUUAAGUGCAAUUAGUUUCAACACGCAUUGAGACACUGGUGCCGUUUGGAUAUGACUUUUGAUUUGCACACACAAUAUGUUCAGUACAUACACAUACACACACACACACACACACACACACACACACACACAUACGCACACACUUGCAGACAUACACGACUCACACCAACAAACUCACGUGAUCCUCAAUGCAACACAUAAUCUAUUUAAGAGCUGCACCAAUAUCAGUGGCGCAGUCAUAUCCCUUUCAACCUCCUUAUCCUAUGACUCUAUUUGUGGAACUACUACUGUUUUAGUCUUAUUUUCUGUGUUUGCUGCUAUUUUACCUUUUUUUAAACAAAAGUUUUUAUAAUUUACUCUUAUGCAAACAAUUGUUCAUUUGAAUGUGCAUUGCUACUGUGUAAAUAGUCCUGUAAAUUGUCAUAUUUUGUUCCAUAAAAUGGAUACUGCUCAUGGCGUACAAGACCCCCAUGAGGCCAUAUUAUCUUGAGUAUCAGCCAAUCAAAGGACUUUAAAAUCGGUACAAGCCAAUUGUGUCGCAUCAACCUGGAGGAGGCAGACCAAUUGGAACUGACCAAAUGCAAAACCCACCGAAAUCAGCAGGGACCAAUCACACUGCCUUACAGUAUCACCCUGGACCAAUCGUUUGUUUGAGGGUUGAUCCCGUGAGUUAAAAGAUUUAGAUUUCAGACAAGACACCAGUCAACGGUUUAAUCCGAAAGGAAUCCAUUUGGAGACUUGUAACUAUAUCACUAUGUACCAAAUCUAAUUGUGUGAGUUUUGAAAGAUGGUCUUUCAUGGCGAGAGUCGCUAAUAUAUCGAUGAGGCAUCACAGAAGAACUCGUAGAAUGUUCAGUUGCAGAGACUGCUGUCGGCUGUAAGGCAGACAAACAUGCAAAAUGAGUGUGUGAUGAAUAAAGUCAAAAGAAGACCCUGCAGCCUCCACUGAG